UGCAAUCUGUCGUGUAUUAUUAAAAGAUCUAGAAUGAUCUAUUUUUUGUGGUUUGUUGUACAUUUAUGAUAAUCACUUUUAGGAUGUUGAUUGUUUUAAUGUCAUUAAUAGUCGUUUUGGAUUUUAAUUAGUGCCGUGAUGGUGACUGUAUAAUACGAAAUUACAGUUUUGAGUAACAAGAUGGUAGACGUAACAGCGGCGCCUUCCAGUGCUGAAAGCAGUAGUUUCAUGGGUCGCACAAAAGGCGCCUUGCGUUCGAUGCGAUCAGUUUUAGGAGGUGGAGGUGAAUAUCUUCAAGGACUGAGCAGCAGGAUCGGUACGGCUCUCAGUAGCAGUAUCGAAGAAAGUGAUCCGACUUCGCCCUCGACGCAGACUUCGCAAACGCAACCAGCUAAAGCAUCUAUCAACAAUAUAACGCCUAUAGCCAACGAUAAAGUAGACGCCAGGCGGAAACUCCGAUUUCCAAGGUUCGGUAAUGGAACUAUGUACGAGGAUUAUGACGCGAUGAUUAGACGAAAAUUUGAUCAACAAGAAAUGGCUCGAUGCUCUCGCAUUAGCAGAAAAUAUCCAGGUAUGACAUAUGAAGAGAUAGUCUCAUCAAGAUCAGCCUCGUUUAAGAAGUCUGAACCAAAAAAGAUUGAAGAAAUCACAAGUCUUGACAAAGAGAGCGAUGGAAACACUAAACCCGUUAAUGAAAGGCAGUUUGAAACUAUUGAGCUCGAUCCCUUUGAUAGACUCUACAAUUCUCAAGUAGCAAGGGCUCCGAACCGUUAUCAGUCCGUGGUUUUUCGUUUAGAUAUGCCAUCGAGUAGUGGUUCAACUAGUGAUGCAGAUUAUGGGCCGAGUAUCAGCUUAGACUCAGCAAAAGAAUGGCAGAGAUCUGGGUCAUCCGGAUCAAUUCAAUCUUGGGCUUCUAGUUUAUCAGCAGAUAGCCAAUCAGAGGAAGCGGCUGUAGAUUUUAUGAAAAUGUUUGUGCCUAUGCUAUUUGAAUCUCCUAGUAAAAUCAAUCAAGAACAAAAAGCCACGUUCGGUCAAAUGGUCCUUACUGAACCGGGAAGAAUAUGGUUUACAAGAGUUGUAAACACAAGGAGAGCUCGUCCUUGUGUUACAGAAGAAUCAUUUUAUUCACUUGCACAACACUUUGCUUUGGCACUUUUUGAAUGUCAUGAAGCAGAUGAUUUUGCCCCAGCAAAAAGUCUUAUGAAUAUGUGCUUUACUUUUUAUCAUGAAGUUGAAGUGCCCGGUGUUGAACCAUAUCGUGAGUACUUGUAUACGAAUUUACGAGUUCAACCAAUAUGGACGUCAAUGCGUUUUUGGACUGCAGCUUUUUUCGAUGCGGUACAAUGUGAACGAGCUGCCAAAUUAGUGCCUCUACGACCUAAACAGACAGAUAAAGAAAUCACUGCAUCUGAAGACAAGAGAUUUCAUGCAAACAUUGUGUUCGGUCAAUUAGGGACAUUUACAUGCAAUAUGCAUGCUUUUGGAUUACCUAGGAAUCUCUGCCUUGAAUUUUUGAAGAAACAAUGCCUCAUUGCUAAUUUAACUCCAGAUCAAGAACAAAUGCUGAGAGACAAUAUUCAAAGAAUGUAUGAUGAAACAGAACCAUGGCGAUCAUAAGAUUUUAUAGGCUCAGGACGAUUUUGAAACAAUCAAUUGGGCGGACUCCAGAAAAUAAGAAAAUUGAAAAAGCAGUAUGCUUUGAUGCUAUUAUGCAGCUUUCAAUUCAAUAAAAACAAGAAACCAAAAUUAAAUAAGGUUAAUUACACUGUAUUGGAGGAAUUAAUAUUUAAUACUAUACUAAAAUAUUAAAUCUUGAAAGCUUUAAUUUGUAAUUACGAUUAAUUAGACAAUGAAGCCAUUGGUAUACGUAAAACUUCAGUAAAUUUAUUUAAUUAUAUAAUUUUAUAAUAUACAGAAUCCGUUGAAUAUUAUUGUAAUAUCGAUCUUUCGAAGCAAACUAUAUGAGAUCUCUAAGGGAAUUAUUAAUAUUUGUAAUUACAAAAAUGUUAACAAUCUUAAAAUUUACUUAGUGACUUAUCGCAUAUAAUUUUUAGGUUUAUUAGUUAAUAAUUAUGUAUAUUCUAUUAUUUUCAAAGAUUCUUACCUUAUUACCAAGAAUUCAAAACGUAUAACAAGUUAUUAAAAGUAUUCUUCUAGAAUUUCAACUUAUU